CUUCCCUUUUGACGCCUGCUACGUUAGGCAACCCUCCCCUUAGCAACAGAAGAAAGAUGGCGGCGCCCUGUACCUCUAAUCAUUCUCCCGAGAUAUCGACGCCGUUAAAGAUGCCGAAAACAGAAGUUCCAUCACCAGAAUCAGAGGAUUUGAGUGACAGCAACCAAUAUCAUUCCAAUCCAUCCACACCUAAUCGAUUCUCGCCUCUCAACGUAGGUAUGACGAUUUCUGGGAGCGCAGGCCGAAGUGGAUCGGCCUUUGCCUCAAAUAGCUUCACAGCUUGCCGAGGGAUGUCGUGGACCCCAUCCGAAACAAACGCCCUUAUUGCGGUGUGGGGCAAUGAAAGACUGACGGAGGCACGAAUGCAGCAAUUGGAGGUUGCAGGCACCGUUUUUUCUGGAAAGGCCCCUGGUCCCGCAAUGUACGAGCGGGUCUCACGAGCCCUAGCAGAGCUCGGCUACGAAAGGACCCCAUCCCAAUGCAGGGAGAGGAUGAAGGUAAUGGGGGACAGAACGCUGCGCCGGUGCUAUAGCAGAGUGAAGGAGCAUGGCGUCGGCAAGAGGAAAAGUAGCUACUCCAUCGAGCAGCUGGAAAAGGUGUUUGGCCAGGGAGGCUGGGACUCCCAGACGUGUGCCCCCGUCCUCAUCAACAGUAGUGGCCUGUACCAGGAGAUGGAGUCUGACGGCAGCACCAUGGAGGACUUCUCCCAAGAAGACUGGUGCAACCAGGUGCUGGCCUCCGCCUUCCAGGAGGGAGAGAUGGAAACUGAGGAAACACAGCCGCCAAAGAAUGCCAGUGUCCUGCAGCUUCGACCUGAGCCCUCGGAGCAAGUUCAGAAACAGGAAGUGAUGCAGAAUGUGGUGCGCAUCCUGGAGUCGGUACAGGUGAAGUGGGAGCACUUCCAGACAUGGACCGACUUCUCCAGAUUGCACCUCUCCAACAAGCUGGCCAUCUUUGGUGUGGGCUACAACACACGCUGGCACGAGGAUGUCUGCUACCACUACGCCGAGAUCAGCUCCCAGGUGCCCCUGGGUAAGCGGCUGCGCGAGUACUUCAAUCCGGAGAAGGCAGAGGGCCGUGUCAUCAUGACCAAAGUGCAGAAGAUGAACUGGAAGAACGUUUAUUAUAAGUUCCUGGACAUCACCAUUAGCGAGGCGCGCUGCCUGGAGCUGCACAUGGAGGUAGACUGGAUCCCAAUAGCACAGUCAAGGGUGACGGGCUGCAGCAACGGGGCCUCCGAGUACCUCCUACCCGGGGGAAUCCCUAAGACUUAUGGCCUUUAUGCCAUCGGUUACGAGGAGGUGUCAGCGGAGUCAGACUACACAGGGGAGGAUGAGGCCCCAGACUCUCCGCUGCAGCACCAAGACUCAGACCAGAGCUUGCCUCUCUCUGGAUCGUCGGGCUCUGGCGGGUCUGGGUUCGAGAGUGUGGUGGGCCCGGGGGGGAGAGUGGGGGAGAAGACGGUGGCCAAAGUGACCUACUGCUACCUGGGCAUCGCAGAGGAGAGGACCCUACAGCAGUGCCUGUUCCAGCACUUUCAGAGCUCAGGCAAGCACUACAGCCGCAGGCAGCCCUCGGCCGUCACACGCUUCCUCCAGGGGAACUGCAGGGGCACCGGGCAGCAAGCCAGGGAAGAGGGCCUCUCCAUGGGCCCUGAACGCUCGGCCAUUUACAUCAAAUUUAUCGAGGUGGAGCUAGAUUUCCUCUCCGCUGGCUCCCUGGUGGAAUGUCUAGAAAUUGCAGUUGGUUACUCCUUAAAGUACAACAAAGCGACAUUGUAACGCAUGUUGUUUUGAUUCCCAUUGACUGAAGGAUUGAAAGAGGGCCAGAGGGACAUGCAGUAUCUCUUUCUCCCAAUUUAAGUGCAGACCUGAGUUCAAAUACUAUUUGAAAUAAUUUUGAGUACUUAAUCUGGGCUUGAUUGAGCUUGCCUGGGACAAUAAAAACAAUAGAAUAGUCGCAAAACUGCAAACCCCACCCAUCUGACACUCCAGGCAGGCUGAAGCAAACACCCAAAAAUAUUUGAAAGAUUUAAAAUAGUGUUUGAACCCUGAUCUGUAUACACGCUAUCUAAUCAGGGAAUGUGAGAGGGAAUGGCUAGUGCUGGAUGCAUUUCCCUACCUCGAGGAUAUAGCAGGGGAUAUAUAUUAAAAGAUUGUGUGCGCUUGUUUAAAAACUGCCUUUACAUUUCUUAGACUUUGGAUGUCUAUCUUCAGGUCUAAAUUGCCACAGAAAGAUCCAGGGGUAAAGAUCAUGUAAGGAAUGUGAACCAAUUGAAAAGAGGACCUAAAGGGGAAAUAUGAAUGAAUAUAUAAAAUAUUGAAGAUCUCUAUAUAGAAAUAUAUAUUUAAGAAUAUAUAUUGAUGUUGUCAAGCAUUCCAGUAUUUGCAAACAUAUGACAUUCAAAGAAGUAUGUUAAUGUUUUGGUGUUUUAUUAUAUAUAUUUUUUAUUAUUGGUUAACAGUCUUUGCGUACUAUUGUUUCCAGGUCACAGUCUUGUAUGUUUACAUGUUUAGAAAAAACAAUAAAACGGGGCGCUGACCGUCAUUUGCCACUCACCGAUUCGUUUUAGGUUCCGGUGUGCUCAUUUGUGGGUGUUGGGUGUUUGCUAUCUAGUGAUGACCUGUAGGUCCUAUCCUUCCUUGCAGAAAAGCCCAUGCUUCAUGCACCACUUUGUCACCAGAUGGCAGCAAAUAACAGGAUGCUGAGAAGCUACAGGCAGAAGGCGAAUACCUGGCCUGCUACAUUAGGUUAGUGAAUCCCUAACUAUGGGGGGUGAUAAGUUCCAGAAUUAAGCCUCAUGCGUACACGUCAUGUAGACGUAGUGUUCACGUUGUGUAAUGUGGCACUGACACAUCAUGUCAGUUUGCUUGUAAGUUUAUUAUGAAAGAUCGUACCAUGAACGCCUUAAAAACGUCUACAUGUGUUACGCAUCACUUGUUAGUUUAAGUGUGUUUAGUUUAUUAUUAAAAAAUCAGACCAUGAACGCCUUACAAAUGUCUACAUGUAUAUGACAGGCAAAAAGCAUGCUACCCCUUGUUUACUUA